UCUUUUAUGAUUGCUCUCAUGGGAACCUUUUUUGAAUACAUUUGAAAUUGCGCCACUUCUUUGCUAAGGAAGGUUCGUUGUUGCCCCAUGUGGCCAAUGGUAGUAAAACCCCACUGACGGUUGCUGUCGGUCGGAUUUACUACUUUCUCCUGUCACUACUACUCCACCACAGCCGACUGUAGGAAAGUGCUGAUGAAAGUGCCUGUCUACCCUGUCUAGCCUAACGUUACUUACUUAAUACUGCUUGCAGACAAGGCAUUAAACCCCUUGAAUAGCCUAUAGUGUAAAGUCUGCAGAGGCGAGAUUUCCGAGUUUUGAAAACGAAAGCAACCGGAAGACUUCCUGAAAAUUCAACAUGUCAGCCAAAGACACGAUGAGACGUAACAAGACAUCCAUUCAGAGGAUUUUGAGUGGAGACUACAAGAUAAUCCUCAACAAAGCUUUUGAGGAGAAAGAGAUAGGCAUAACUCUGCGUGAGUACAACAACCUUAAAAGCAUCAACAAAGAAAAUGUAGAGGGCCACGUCGUGGAUCUCGUGGAUAAGAUCAUGAACAAAGGAGAGGAGAGCUGCCAAGCCUUCCUGAACCUCCUGCAAACUGAUGAGGAAAUUAAAAGGACUUACCCUGAGCUGAAAAACAUACAGUUGAAUGAGGCCUGCCUUUUACCUAAGCCUGUCCAAGCUUGUUCAGAUGACAAGAGUGAUGUUCUGCCACAAGAGAGCAAGAGGCAAAAGGAGGACGAGACCUAUGAGAUUAACAGCCAGCCUGCCAGCCUCUGCGUGAUCAUAAACAACGAGAAUUUCGAUGAAGAAUUGAGAAGUGGAACCAACAAAGAUGCUCAUCUGGCAGAGGUGUUCAGCUGGCUGGGGUUCAGAGUCCUGAUGUGUAAAGACCAAACCAAGGACCAGAUGGAACGAGCACUGAAAUGCUUUGCUUCUCUGAGCGACUUCGCUCAGCUGCAGGAGUUCAAUGUGAAGGAGUGGUCUGGCAGUGGAUUCACCGAUCUUCAAGAGGCUCCUAUGCACGGCGAUGCCUUCAUCUGCUGUGUUCUGAGUCACGGAAACAAGGGUGUCGUCUUCGGGAUUGAUUGGCAGCCCCUCUCCAUUAAACAAAUAACUACAACUUUCAAGGCGACCGAUCAAUCAAGCCUCACCGGCAAACCCAAAGUGUUCCUGAUCCAGGCCUGCCAGGGAAGCAAGAAACAGCUUGGAGUGCUGUCCAAAGGUCUGCAGGCUGAUGACGCAGAUCCCUCGUCAUUCCUCCCUGAGGAAGCCGAUUUUCUGAUUGCCAUGGCCACUGUUGAAGAUUGUAUAUCGAUCAGACACAAAAUACAUGGGAGCUGGUUCGUCCAAUCUGUCUGUCAGCAGCUAAAGGAGGGCUGCCCGUGGAGCAAAGACAUUACCACACUCCUCUACAAGGUAAACAAUGAAGUCAGCCAGAAGGAGGGCGGCUUUCAACCUGGUGCAGUGAAGCAGAUGCCUGAAGUUAGGUUAACCCUGAGGAAGAGCCUUGUGCUGUCUCCACGUCGCAACUGAAGCUUCAUCACCAAUAUAUUUACUAUCAGUCCAAUUCUUUUACAUUCUUUUAAUCAUCACAUUGAAUCAUUGUCUUUUAUAUUGUGUCGUAAAAUAAAGCUGUGUUUAUUCUCAAA